UACCUAGACCAAUCCGGAGAACGCGAUUGAGCUUUGGGCGACCAAUAGUGUGAAGCAGAAGGAUUCUGGACCCGCCUCUAAGGUGCCCUUCUCUCACUCAGAACAACGCGAGAUUUUCACUUAAGAGGAAAGAUUGGUUGAAAGGCGGAAAUUGAGAGUAACGCCCACUGUUUUUGCGGACCUCUGAUUGGUCUUUUAGAAGAGAAGGCGGCCAACAUCAACGUGAUCCCUGGAUGCCCAUUGGGGGACAAUGAGGGACUGCCGGUGCGCGGGUGUCAGCGCGGGCGUUCGAAUCCGCGCUCAGCGGCGUUACCAUGGGGAUGAGGCCUGGCAGCCACCUUCAGCUCGCGAGUUGACGGGACGCCUCAGUCGCCAGCCUCGGUGCUCUCUCCUGUCAUUUCCCGUCCUUAGAUAGGGUUGACCGUGGAGAAAUUUGGAAGCCUCCGAGAGUUUAUAGAACCUGUUCACAAAAAUGACAUCCUGGUUGUAUGAAUGUCUUUGUGAAGCUGAACUUGCACAGUAUUAUCCUCAUUUUACUGCUAUUGGCCUUCAGAAAAUAGAUGAAUUAGCAAAAGUUACAAUGAAGGACUACUCCAAAUUGGGAGUCCAUAACAUGAACGACCGCAAACGUCUCUUCCAACUUAUCAAAAUCAUUAAGAUUAUGCAAGAAGAAGAUAAAGCAGUCAGUAGCCCAGCGCAUCCUCUUCAGACAAGCAGCCUGUACAGCAAGCCUCGGGAACCCAGAUCUGGACCUCGCAGACAAUUGCACUUUGAUUCUCCUGCUGACAGCAAAGAUAGAACUACCAGCAACUAUGGGUUUGAAAUAUGCAAUUUAUCAGAUUUUCCUGCAAAUGAACAGAAAUCUAAUUACCUCAAAGUGCUGGAGCACAUGCUACCAGAUGAUUCCCAGUACCAAACAAAAACAAGAAUUCUGAGUGCCAUGGCUACUGAUUCCUAUGGGCAAACAGAAACUAACACUUCACUGUUUUCAUCAAAUCGCUUUUCUCCAGUACUGGGGGAUUGUGAUAUUCCCAUUAUUCAAAGAGUCUCUUAUGUUUCAGGAUAUAACUAUGGAAUCCCUCAUUCUGGUAUCAGACAGAACACUUCAGAGAAAGAGAAUCCUUGGACUGAGAUGGAGAAAAUCAGAGUUUGUGUUCGAAAGCGCCCUCUGGGCAUGAGGGAAGUACGUCGUGGAGAAAUUAAUAUUGUUACAGUAGAAGACAAAGAAACUCUACUUGUUCACGAGAAGAAAGAAGCGGUUGACCUCACACAAUAUAUUCUGCAGCAUGUCUUUUAUUUUGAUGAAGUCUUUGAUGAGGCAUGUACCAAUCAGGAUGUAUACAUGAAGACUACUCACCCACUCAUUCAGCAUAUUUUCAAUGGAGGCAAUGCCACUUGCUUUGCAUAUGGACAAACAGGUGCUGGAAAGACCUACACCAUGAUAGGUAGUCAUCAGAACCCAGGACUGUAUGCUCUGGCUGCCAAAGAUAUCUUCAGGCAACUACAAGUGCCCCAGUCAAGAAGGCACCUCUUUGUGUGGAUCAGCUUCUAUGAAAUCUACUGUGGACAGCUUUAUGACCUCCUAAAUAGAAGAAAAAGGCUCUUUGCAAGAGAAGAUAGCAAGCAUGUGGUACAGAUCGUGGGACUGCAAGAGCUUCAGGUGGAUAGUGUGGAGCUCCUCCUAGAGGUGAUUCUGAAGGGCAGCAAGGAGCGCAGCACUGGGGCCACUGGAGUUAAUGCAGACUCUUCCCGCUCCCAUGCCAUCAUCCAAAUUCAGAUCAAAGAUUCAGCCAAGAGGACAUUUGGCAGGAUCUCUUUCAUUGACUUGGCUGGCAGUGAAAGAGCAGCAGAUGCCAGAGACUCAGAUAGACAGACAAAGAUGGAAGGCGCAGAAAUUAACCAGAGUCUUCUGGCUCUGAAGGAAUGUAUCCGGGCAUUGGAUCAGGAACACACCCAUACUCCCUUCCGGCAAAGCAAAUUAACUCAGGUCCUGAAAGACUCUUUCAUUGGCAAUGCCAAAACCUGCAUGAUCGCCAACAUCUCACCAAGCCACGUGGCCACUGAACACACUCUGAAUACCUUGCGCUAUGCUGACCGGGUCAAAGAACUAAAGAAAGGCAUCAAAUGUUGCACUUCAGCUGCCAGCCGAAACCGGACAUCUGGAAACUCUUCUCCAAAACGAAUUCAGAGCUCCCCUGUGGCCCUGACAGGGGACAAGUGUUCUCCCAAAAAGGUCAAGCUGGGGCUUCAGCAGUCACUCACAGUGGCACCUGGCUCCAUGAGAGGGAAGGCCUACCCUCUGGCCAGCCACCCACCCAACAUCCCUUUUGCUUCUGUACCUAAAGUCCCUGGUAAAAGGGGUGGCUCCAGAGGGAGUCCUCCUCAGGAGUACGUCAUGCAGACUAGCCCCAUCAGAGGAACCAUGCGGUCUGGACAUUUAGCCAACAAAAAGGAGGAAGAGUCAGCUUCACUGUGCUCUGAGAAAAAUCAAAUUGGCAACAAAGCUGCCCUCGGGUGGGGGAGCAGGGCCCCUGGCCCAGGAGAAGGCCUGGUGCUUGGGAAGCUCACCAACAAGUGCAAGAAAGUACAGACUGUGCAGCCAGUGCAGAAGCAGCUCGUGUCACGAGCUGGGCUCUCCUUUGGCAAUGUGCACCACCUAGCAGAGUACAGUCAGGGCGGCAAGGAGGGCACGCUUGCCAGGCCUGCCUCUGAAGCUUGGACAAACAUCCCUCCACAUCAGAAGGAGAGGGAGGAACAUUUGCGCUUUUAUCACCAGCAGUUCCAGCAGCCACCUCUCCUCCAACAAAAGUUAAAGUACCAACCGCUGGAAAGGCUUUUAGGCCAGUACAGACCCCUAGAGGGGCAGCCCCAGAAUGAGACCCCUCCUCCCUUGCACUCUAAUUCUGAGAGUCAUGGAGCCCAAGCUGAGGACCUUGAUGACAGUGAUUUCAGUGAAGAUUCUUUUUCACAUGCCUCCAGUCAGAGGACCACAAAGCACAGAAACACUCUGGAGAAUAGCGAAGGCUCAUUCUUCCUUCAUCAGAGGGAACAAGGUCCUGAGGAGCAGGUGGCUGAAAGGCGGCAGAGUCUCUUUUUUAGCCCCAGGUUAGACGGUGAUGAGAAGGAUCUAGCUGGGAGCUGGAUGUACUCCAGGGAUCCCACGGGCCACAGAAAAGCAGCAGUUAAUCACAGCCACAGCCCAGGUAAGGUGCCCUCGGACUGCAGCAGGGAAGAGGACUCUACUUCCUCAGGGCCUUCUCCCAGAGAUGUCCUGGCAGAGAAGCCUUACUGCUCACAGGUAGACUUUGCAUAUAACCAGAGGAGAGGCGGUGGCUCAGCCUCUGAUCUCAAACAAAGUUCCUUCAGAAGUGAAAUUCCUGGGCAGGCUGAGAGCAGCUCACCAUCCCUGAAGGAAGAUGGCUUCACUUUAUCACUGUCCCUCAUUGCAGUUCCUGGAUCCCCAGACCAAAGAGACACAGUCAGCACACCUCUGAAAGAAGUCAGCGAAGACAGCCUAAAUAUGGCAACCAAAACAAUGAAAAAUAGUAACCCUUUCCAAGGAGAAGACUCCAGAGAGGAAUUAGACACGUGCUCUGAAUAUGCUUCUGGACUGAUGGCUCCCCUCACUGUGUCCCUCCUGGAGAACCCAGAUGAUGAGGGCCCCCCUCCCUUGAAUCAGCCAGCCCAGCAUUGGGCUACGCACAGCCUAGCAGGCACAGGGAGGCCAGCUGUGUGCCACAGAGUGUCACCUGGUGAUCAAGAGGCAGUUCUGCCAGUGUCUUUGGCAAGUGGGCACCUGUGGCUGUCGUCAUCUCCCCCUGACAACAAGCCUGGUGCUGAUCUUCCAGCUCUGUCCCCUUCACCCAUCCGUCAGCACCCGCCCGACAAGCUGCCCAGCAGGGAGGCUGACGUGGGGGAGGUCAACCAGAGCAGAGACAUUGCAGUCUUCCCCCAGGAGAAUGUGGCUAGUGAGCAGUAUGAUGCCGAUGCUGAGGAGACAGAGCUGAACAGCUCCCAGGAUUUCCCAGGAAAGCCCUUCUCCACCAUACAUACUGGAGGACCCUACUGUGAGCCUACACUCCCCCCACGAACAGGAAGCAGUGAUGUGGCUGACCAGCCCUGGGCUCAGGAGAGAAAGCCUCUGGCAGGACUCGGUUGGCAAGAGCUGGACUUGUCCACAGACUCCAUCAAGUUGCCCUGCUACGAUGAAGACAUCGUAUGGCUCAAACACAGGACAACCCCAAAGUGCUUAGCAAGGCCGGGCUCUCCCCUGGUCCCCAGCUGCUCUCCCAAGACUGUCGGGACGCUGCAUCAGCCCACCCUGGGGCAUGCACAGCAGGUGGUCAUCCAGGCACACCAGGAACAGCUGGAUGAAAUGGCCAAGCUGGGCUUCAAGGAGGAGACCCUGAUGAACCAACUGGCUCCUAAUGAUUUUGAAGACUUUGUCACUCAGUUGGAUGAAAUCAUGGCUCUGAAGUCCAAGUGUAUCCAGAGUCUAAGGAACCAGCUGCAGCUGUACCUGGCCUGCCAUGGGCUAUCUGAGGCCCCUGAGAAGACAGUGGUGUCUUAGAGCAAGCUCCAGUAUGGGGUAGUUGGGCAGCUCAAGAGCCUGUGCUGGAUUCUCAGGGGCUAGACAGGCCUUUGCCAGGUUGUCCUACAGAUACAAGAACCCAUUCGCUAGUCCUGUCGUGCCAGCCUCUCUAUAGCCACACAUGGCCUUGACUGCGCCCCCAGCCCCUCUCAGGGACAAGCCUCUAUCCUUCAGUUCCACGUAAGCACAGGAGUAUCUUAAUGUGCUCCUCCCUUUUACUUGGGGCUGGAAGAGAAUUUGUCUUACCCCUUAUCUGUAGAAACACAGGUGGGUCCAAUAAUAACCCUGUAGAUGUUUCUGAAUUUGAAAUUAAGAGUAUGGGUAGUCAGUGAUACCCUAGAGGCCAGAGGUCACAAGCUGGGGAAGGCAACAUGCUGAGCCCAGGAGCUUUAUUAGGUGAAUUCUGUGCCUGUCAUCAGGACUCAGCCAAAAAAAACUAAAACAUUGGUGAUAGUGGUACAGGGGCAGGGUGAGCUCUGCCCCAUUGUUUGGGGCUUUAGGUUAGCUUUGAAAUGGAAAAUGAAUAAACCUCAACUUGCUGUGUGUUUAACAGCAGAUGUGAGACAGGCUUUAUUCUUUCGGUUCUCCUCCCUUCCUACAAUCCAGUUCUUUCUCCAUGUCUGCCUUGUGCUGGGAUGAUCAGGCUUUUACAAGCCCCAAUAGUCCUCAUGCUCCUGUGGCAGUUCCUGGCUCCUGCCUCUGACUCCUCACCCACCACCCCACGCAUGGAACAGCUGAGUUGGCGGCUCCCAGGCAAGUCUCUCCCCUAGCCUCACCUUCCUCCAGAAUCACCCUGGUCCAUCCUCCCUCUCAAGAGUCUGUGUUCAGUAUCUUGGCAUUGAGUGUUCUAUUCAAUAGCCUGAGACUCUAAGGCAGAAUUUUUACACACAUACACAUCUUAAUUUGAAUUCUGCUUGCUGCCUAUCUUUUUAGCUGGAAGAAGGUUAAGACAAGAAAUACAAAGUGGCCUCCAGGUGGCCUGUUGUCUAUUUACCAAGGCCACCUAGGUCAAAUUGAGAUGUGUGCGUCACAGCCUGGCCCUGAGGCCCAUUUUGGUGUGAAACUUUAAUUUCCUACAGGUAUAAGAAUAACUUUUUAAAGUUUUAAAAGGAGGACUUAAAUUUAAAGGCCAGAAGGGGGAUUAACGGACUUUCUGAGCCUGCAGCCUGUGCUACCCUUUGUCAACUUUUGCCAACCUCUGGCCACGCCUGAUUUGACCACAAGAGGGCAGCCUCUUCCCAUCUUGGUGCUUCCCUGGCCCAAAGCCUGCGCAGUCCUUCAAGUGAUCACUAAGUUAGAAACCCACUUCCAGCCAAGAGCACAAGAGGGACUAUGGGGCAGUAUCAGGUAUAAGGACAAGAAACUUUAAGGAUAAAUCUAGUUCUGUCAGACACAAAAGCACCACUGAGAGCUGGUGAAGCAGUUUGAAUCCAGUCCUGCUUGUGGCACAGAGAACAUAAAUGCCUGGUCCUACUCACAGGAAGAAGGACUUUUUCCUCAUUUCUGGGUGAUUACCAUGAAGGCCCAGCCUGUCUCAGCUCAACAGCCAGUCUUACAGGAAGGCAUAUGUCCUUGGCCCAAGACCAACCUAAGUCAGGUUUAAACAGACCUUUGUCUGGGCCUGCCUUUGCAAACCAAAAUCAAUGUAUACUGGAGGGCCAGCUCCUGAGUUCCACAGGCACAGAGUGGGAAGUAUUAAAGUAAGAGAAAAUGGGCCCUGGCCAGGUAGCUCACUUGGUUGGAGAAUCAUCCCGAUGUGCCAUGGUUGCGGGUUUAACCCCCAGUCAGGGCACAUACAAGUAUCAAUCGAUGAGUGCAUGAACACAUAUAAGUCCAUGUGCCUCUCUUAACCAAUUUAAAAAAAAAAAUGACAGAAACUGGUUAGGUCCCAUUUCAUCCCCAGCAAAUCUAAGCAGGAAGUCCCUUCAACGCCCCCAUCCCCAGUAUAGCAGCCACUGGCAAUAAAGAAAGUAUGAUAGCAGGACAUACCUUUUAGAUUUUUAUUAGUAGUUCUCUAUGAAGAAUCAAAAUAGUUAGCAAAUUACUUUAGAUUCAUCAAGACUGUAUUUCCUUUGUAUUUAGAUCUUUAAUGAUGUACAGCAUAAUAUAAAACAAACCAAAGAGAUUGAUUUCUAUGACUAGGUGUAUUCAUUAUGUCAUCCUAGAGCAGGGGGCUGGCAGGAAAGGCUGUUCUCCAGAGAGAACUGAGGUGGAGUUAGUGCUGGGCAACUAAAUCAUGGCCUGUUUCUCUCAAACUUGAUACUCUGGGAAGGGGCCAAUGAUUUCUUAAUGUGACAACUGUUUCAUUGAGCAGGGGGUCUCUAAAUCCUGGUAGCAGAGGAUUAUGGUCCAAACCAAGCCAAAA